GAGCCGUGGUCCUACGACGGGUGGCGAGGUGAAUCUGGUUACCGCUACGAUUACAACUACAAGGACCACUUCCAGGACUCUCACGAGAAGUAUCCGUCCUGGAGAGAUGGAAGCAGGUGGUUCGGGAAAAGCUCUCAAAAAGCUGGCUGGGAAAGCGAGUGGACGGGGGAGAGGAGCCCGGCCCUACAGGAGAGCGAACCAGAGCCUGAGGAGCUACCGCUCCAGCGGCGCAAGUUGAUGGACGACGAUGGGACGUCAGCGGGCCACAAGAAAGAGGCCGGCAAACAUUUGCUGGGAAUUCUGCACAAGGGCCAGGAGCAAGUUGGUGGCGC